UUUUGGGCAUUUACUAUCGAGUACAUGAGACUAUCAACCUUAACUCUUGUGAUAUUGGCUAGUAAAUUCCUUGCCGCCGAACCACUACCUGUCAACUUCCAAACCCUGGAGCUUAUUUGCUCUCCAACUGACCCCACCAACUGUUACCCAAAACUUUUUGUUCCUACCCACCAGUGGCAACCAAUCCAACCAGGUCAAGAUAUCCCCGGUGGAUUACACGUAAGACUCAAUAUCGACACUUUGCAGAAGGAAGCAAAGUUGUUGGACUCCCUGGACGAAGCUACCAACGACCUCGUGAUAGUUGCCGAAUCUCAAGACCCUUCUCCUGCCCCUGCCAGAAAACCUCACAAACUUGAUAUGACUAACAUCAAUAGCUUUGAUUCGGCCCUUGACGAGGUGCAACUGGCGGCCAAUGGUGCUGGCUCUGACAGCCUUGACCAGGCUUUGGACGUGUUGAUUGACUUGAGCCAUGAUAUCGAAUUCGGUACAAAGUUGGCCAGUGAUGGCUCUGCUUUCAGUAACUUGAACGCUAUUGCUGCUAAGUCUUCCCCACCCGUCCAGGAAAAAGUAUAUAGAAUCAUAGGGUCUUCCUUGAGGAACAAUCCCGAGGCGAUAGCUACGUUUGUUGACAAAGAUACCAAAGAGUUGAUUGGACUGUGGAUUAAACAGUUGGAUACAAGCGACAACCUCGUCAAGAAAAGAGUGUUGGGAAUCUUCCAUCAGUUGGUGACUAACGCCAGGUUUAAGUACCAGUAUUUCAACGGAGACUUUGACUUGUUGAGCAAGUUCAUCGAUAUUUAUCCUAAACUCAACAAGUCCACCAAGACUCGGCUUCUCAAUAUCCUUGAAGACUUGAAAUUGGUCGACGAGCCAAGCUCUGAGUCCGAUGACUCAAGGGUUUCAAACUACAUCCAAGCCAAGUUCUUGAAGUCCGACUUCAAAACAGAAGACCAGUUCAAAUUGUACUACCAAACGCUUGUCGAGAUCCACCAGGCGGAUAAGAGUCUUCAAGGAUCCAAAGCUUUUGUGACAUGGCUAGAUGAAGAGUCGGGAAAGAGACAACAGGGACUCAAGGAAAGAGAUGGACUCUACUCAAACGCCGAUAAGCAGUUCGACAAGGACAUGUUGGAAACCAGGCAUACGGUAUUUGGUAACCCCAACGCCAUGAGAAAGCACUUUGAUGACGAACUUUAGAGCCUGUAUUUGGAUUUUAGUAAUAAAAUAUAUUAAUGAAAAGUGUUUAAGUUAAUAUAUGAAGCAUUUUUGUUUUCUCUUUAUUAUACAAGUUGAUUACCUGGAACGAAUUUAGUCAAACAAACCGAAUCCCAUGUCAUCGUCGGAUUCUUCAGCUUCUUCUUCAGCUUCUUCUUCAGCUGGGGCGUCACCGGAGGCAGCAGCAGCACCGCUCGAGGAAGCAGCAGCAGCACCACCAGUUGGAACAGAAGACAACUUUUCGUUACCUUCGGCAAUCAAUUCUUCGGCGCUCUUACCUUCGACUUCAGCCAACAACUUUUCGAUCUUUUCGUCUUCAACUUCGAUGGAGACAGAUUCCAAAACGGCCUUGAUGUCGGCAGCAGAUGGAGAAGCGUUACCGGCGUUGACCAAUAAUAAGUAAGCAGCAAUGUAUUUCAUUUUGUCUAAUACUGUUGGAUA